UGUGUGCUCACACAUACCUGCCUGUAGGCGGUCCUGACUAAGGCAGCCCCACCUCAGUAUGGGGGUGUCUUGGAAGGGUGUGCCACAGGCCCUGCCGCCUUCCUCCAACUCUCUCCGUGAUUCAUUCAGUCGAAGAGGCAGCAUUGGUAGUCUUGUGUGCCUGUCCAUGACAGAGCCUUCCCUUCUCCCUGCUGCCCAGAUGGAAGGGCUGGCCCUGCUGCCCCUGGCCUCACCCUGCCCCCGGAUCCCACGAGCCCGCAUCGCCAGGACUCCAGGGCGAUGGGCCCACCUGGGCUGCAGCCCUGGCCCCUCUAUAGGCCCUACAAAUCUGCAACAGCGUCCUCUGAGGCCACGCCCUGCUGACUGCUCCCACUCCCGGCUGUCCUGGGCAGAGAGUUUGUCCAUGGAUGGCUUCUGGAUGGAGGUGGAACGAAUCCAACAGAAGGGCGAAGCAAAGGAGGAGGCCAGUGGUGGAAGCAGAAGUCAACUCCUAGAAGGGGACACUGAAUCGCAGUGGCUACAGGACACAGGUUUGUCUGGCCUUGUUGAUGGUCUGGGCUCAGAUGGUGAUCACCAGGGACUCCUGUCUACACUGACACAGACCCAGGUGGCUGCUGUGUGCCGCCGGCUAGACACCUAUGCCCGCUCAGCUCGAAGACGACACAAGCCACCCAUCAGAGAUGUCAGGGAUAUCUUUGGGGUCUUCACUUCAAGGGACGUGGCUUCAGAGAAUGGGGCCUCCGGAAUGAAAUGGAUCCAGAUCCAUUCUGUGGGUUCUGUAUCUCCUGUAGGAGCCACAGUUCCCAGGGACCCACAGGAGCCGGUUGGGAUGGAAGAGGUCUUCAACAUGGACUCUGCCUACUCCGAACAAGCUGCAGUCCUACAGAGGGCCAGGCGGUCCCCGGGAGGCACCUGUGCCUGGGGCAAGGGAUCCCUGCCGAGGUUCAGAGUCCCCAAAGGCAGACUGGGUGUGACCAGGAUAGGAGACUUGUCUUCGAGGGACAUGAAGAAGAUCCCCCCCUUGGCCCUGAUAGAGCUGACGGCCCUCUAUGACAUCCUGGGCCUGGACCUAAAGAGGAGCAAAGCCGGGAAGUGGAAAGGCUCAGACUCGGGCCUUUUUGGUGUGCCCCUUCACAGCCUACUGGAAGCUGACCACAGAGUCCUCCCCAGCACCCAGGUCCCACUGCUCCUGCAAGCUUUGCUGUCCUGCUUGGAAAAAAGAGGGCUGGGCACUGAAGGCAUCCUCAGAGUCCCUGGAUCCCAGGCCAGGGUCAAGGGGUUGGAGCAAAAGCUGGAGCGAGACUUCUAUGCCGGCCUCGUGAGCUGGGACAAGGUUCAUCCCAAUGACGCAUCUGACCUGCUCAAGAGGUUCCUCCGGAAGCUGCCGGCACCUCUGCUCACAGCCGAGUACCUCCCAGCUUUUGCAGCAGUGCCCAACAUCCCUGACCUGAAACAGCGCCUGCAGGCUCUCCACCUGCUCGUCCUCCUCCUGCCCGAACCCAACCGCAACACCCUGAAGGCGCUCCUGGAAUUCCUCAGGAAGGUGGCAGCCCAGGAGCAGCGCAACAAGAUGACCUUGUGGAACGUUUCCACAGUGAUGGCUCCCAACCUCUUCCUGCCCCGGGGGCGGCCUCCCAAGCUCCCCAGGGGUGAGAAGCAGCUGGCAGAGGGUGCAGCUGAGGUUGUGUGCAUGAUGGUGCAGUACCAGGACAUGCUUUGGACGGUUGCUUCUUUCUUGGUAGCCCAAGUGCGAAAACUGAAUGACAGUAAUGGCCGUCGUUCCCAGCUCUGUGAUGGGGGCCUCAAGACUUGGCUGCGGAGAACACAUGUAGACAGGGACAAGGAUGGGGACAGGCUUGAGGCGACUCCCAAAGUGGCAAAGAUCCAGGUGACCUGGCCUAGCAUGGAUCUUCUGCAGGUGCCUCUGAACCCUAGCACCAGAGUGACCCACAUCCUGAAGCUGUUCAUGGAGCGCCUCAACCCUGGGUCCCAGCCUGAAGAGGGCAGUGAGGACCCAGGCAGCAUUCUCUCAGACAGCACGAAGCCGGCCAACUUCCUUGUCUAUGAAGUUGGAGGGAAUAUUGAUGAACAUCGCCUGGACCCAGAUGCCUACCUCUUAGAUUUGUACCGUGCCAACCCCCAUGGUGACUGGGUCAUUAGACAGAGCCCCACCUAAGCCUCAAAUCCUAAGAUACAGCCUGGAACACCCGGCCUGGGAGCUGAGUUCUUCAUGUGGAAAGCUUGGCUCUUCCUCCAAAGUCCUUCCUCCCAGGAAAUACCUCUUCCAUGCCACACAGCACAGAGAUGGACUGUCUCCCACCAACCCCCUUUGCCCCAGAGCCCCAGAGGGUGCUGCCCAGGGCACUUGCAUCUCCACAGGAGUUUGUCCACAAUUUCCAGACCCAGGGGGCAUGAAACUGUAGCGCCUCUCUCAAGAACAGGUGGGAGUUUCCAGAAAACAUUGCAACCCCACGGUAUGGAGUGAGAAGUCACUGUGACUAUGGAAGACCCCUUGUCUUCUCUGAGACCCCAAAGAUGCUGUGGACAGCCCUAGGAGAACUGGACAGAUGACAGACUUCCCCUUCGCACUCUUGUGCUUUAUGGAACCUUGUCAUUUUAUAGCAUAUUUAAGUUGCUUCAACAAUAAACACACAACUAGCUCAA